CGCCACGAACGCCGGCGCGCUCCGUUCCGUUAGUCACGCGUUGUCCGCCCGCGCCACGUAACUCGCCCAGCGUCCGCGUCGUCGUUGUUAUCGUUUUCCGCGUAACUCGUUCCGGCGUACCGCACGUCGUUCGGUACCGCGUAACUCGCGCGCGCACCCGUCGAACACGUUAACCGCGCGUUCACCGCCUUGCCCGCGGUCCAACGGGAUUUUUCCCCGACUACUCCUCCCGGCAGCCAUUUAUGGAUUCAGUGAAAUGAACAACGACGAAGAGGUGCUAAGAGUGUUCAGAGGUGAAUUGGACACCGCAGGAUGGGCUAUACCCAGGCUGGUCAAGGUUUUCAUCGCGUCCACCAAAAACGAUUUUCUGGAAGAAAGAAGAUGUAUUCUAGAAAACGUGGGACCAGAUCUACAGAACAUGUACGAUUCGACCGGGUUGGAGGUAGAGUUCGUCGACAUGCAUUAUGGCAGCGAAUCGGAUCCAAUCAAAAAUCCUUUUUUGUUUGCGGAACAUUUAGAAGAAAUAAAAAAUUGUCGAGCUGUUUCCCGAGGAUGUUUCUUUUUGUGCUUGGUGGGCGACGAACAUCAACCGUGCCCGGCGCCCGUGCGCAUAGCGGAGGACGCGUACGAGCAGCUGAAAGACGCGGCGCAGGAGCUGAACUUGGAGUGGUCGGCCGUGGAGAAUGCUUACCAACUGGACCCGUUGAACAACCACUAUUCGCUGGCGAAACCAGACGACAAGGAUCAGGAAAAGUUGCGGCUUUGGUUUGAAAACCAUGACAAAGCGUUAGCGGUCAUGCAAGAAGCUUCGCAAGAGCUGUUGAGCAGAGGUCUAAUUGUCGACCCUCAGAUAUUUCAUUCGGCCGUUCAGCACCAGACACUGCACGCUUUGGACUUGAACAAGGAUCACACGGUGGUGUACAGCAGAGAGUUCACUGGGCGGCACGACUAUGGGUGCGGUGCCGACGAGACGAUCGCGUCGUUCAAACACUUCCUGAAGGACACGGUGUCGCCGGACAACCUGAUCGAACUGAGCGUGGAAUGGAAACCGGGCGGCGUGGACGGCGAACAUCCCGAGCACGACAUGUACCUGACCAUAUUCCAGGAGGCGGUCGUGUCCAAGAUGCAGUGCAUGAUCAACGCGAGCAUCGAGCAGCGGCCCGAGCUGAACGCCCGGAACAAGACGGUGCAGGAGGUGCUGAAGGAGGCGAUCGUGCACAUCGCGCACUGCAGGGACCUGAUCGCGCUCAGCCCGCCGGACCCACGGCUGGCCGGGCCGGUGGACAAGAUCCGAACGAUGAUGACGACGGCGGCGGCGACCGGCCGACACGGGCCGAUCGUGGUGCGCGGCGGCCUGGGCUCGGGCAAGACGUCCAUCGUGACCGCCGUCUACCAGCAGUGCGAGAAAUGGUUCGACCGGCGGCCGAUGCGCGUGGUCCGGUUCUCGGGCGUCACGCCCCGGGCCUCGUACAACCUAGAACUGUUGCGCGUCAUCUGCGAACAGCUGUCGUACGCGCUCCAGCCGAACGGGCUGUGCGUGCCGCUAGACGCGUCGUUCGACCCGCUCUACGUCAGCGACUGGUUCCAGACGCUGCUCAAGCGUUUCGAGGACGAGUGCCGGUCGUCCACGCUGGUCCUUUUCAUCGACGACCUGCAUCGGUUGAACCCGCUGGACUCAGACAUCGUGGCCGGCCUCUCGUGGUUGCCCACUGUGCUGCCGGCCAACGUGCACAUCUUGUGCACCACCCUGUACGUUCCGGACGAACUGAAGAUGACGCCGCUGCAGAAAGACCGCUUCAUGAACUCUGAGUUUUACAUGGAACUACCGGACGCCGACAUAGAGACAAUCAAGACGACCAUUAAUAAUAUGUUCGACGGCUACGAACAGCUUUUUGGUUUUAAGGCCGUCUCCAGAUUAGCUUCGUAUAUAUCUGUAUCUGAAUUCGGUUUAACAGAAACCGAACUUCUCGAGCUUCUUAUGCCGACUACCGGUGACUUUAGUGCUCCGUUAAAACUAGAAGACGGACAUUUUAAUUUUUCCACGUUUUGUACGGCUAAAAAAACUAUAAUGCCCUUGCUAUUCGAAAAGUUCAUGAGCGGUCGUAUAUUGUUGUGCUGGAGACACAAAAUAACGUACGAUGUCGUGAGGCAAAGGUACCUCACAUCAAAAAUACAUCAAAGGACCUUGCAUAUGGAUAUCGGGAAUUUGUUCUACAGCGAAUUUUCCAAAGAUGAAUCGGAAUCAAAAACUGAUGGUUCGGCGAGCAAAGACGGAGAAACGAUAAUACAAAACGAUAUGACAUAUAGUUUAAGACACGUUGAAGAAUCUUGGAUCCAUCUUCUCAAAGCAGGUGACAACACGAGACUCAAAGAGCUGACGUUGUGCAAUUUCGAUUUUUUACUGGCGGCCGUGCGAACAAUAUCCGUCAGUUACCUCCGUUCUAUAUUGGAACACGCGCGGUGUUACGUAUUGGACAGAGACGUUGAAUUGGUCUAUUACACAGUGAGGAAAUCCAGUGACGUGCUCACGAGAGACACCUUGCAACUCGGAGCACAGAUAAUAAGUUGGCUACGGCCCGUGGCGGACAGUAGCAAACUGAUGCACAGGAUCGUGAGGUGUUCGGUGUCGUGGUGCGACGGCUUCACAGAUCCAUUAUUGGUGCCGCACACGAGUUGGUUACAACCGCCUUUACCUCUUCACAUCAAAUGUGUUAACUGUGGUAUACCGAUCCGUUAUAUAGCCCCCACUCCAUCGGCGCAACACGUGGUCGUCAUACCGCAAGAAGGCGAUGCUCAACUUUGGCACACUAUGGGCAAUACGAGGAUUCAAACUUUUCAAGGACAUCAGAAACCUAUUAAAUGUUUGAAUAUAAACAAAAAUCCUCAGUUAUUGGUUACUGGUUCUGAAGAUCAUAGUGUCCUUGUUUGGGACCUAAACACAUACGCUUUAGUGGCGAAAUACGCCAAUUUAGAAUCGUUAGUCUUAAGCCUAUGUGUGGCUACGAUCAAUGAUGGCGGAAAUAAAGAACUCGGUGUAGUUAUGGGCUGCGAAAACAGUAAAAUACUUCUGUCCACGUUAAAAGGCAAAUUGGUAAAAAAAAUAGACUAUCACAAAGGACCCAUCACAGCGGUUCAGUUAACAUCGCAAGACGUUCUAGUAACGGGGUCGUCGGAUUGCAUGGUGUGCUUGUGGGAAAUGGACACGCUCGACCUGCUCAACACCAUUGAAUUACCUGGUCCCGUUCAAAUGUUGGACAUAUCGAUCGAUUCGAUGUUUUUGCUGGUGCUUUGCGAGGGCAAUCAGCUCUGGUUGCACGCGCUUGCCACCGGCACCCUCAUACACAACUUGAAGGGAUACUGCUCCAAGGUCAUGUCGAUCGCACUGGCCGAGGACUGUCAACGUGCAGUGGUGGCCGGCGUCGAUUCCAGAGUAUACAUUUACGACAUACACUCGGGUGAUCUCGACCUAGUCCCCAUUUCCACUUCGCCACAUCACAAAGAAGUCAUAGCCGUAAAGAUCACCAAUAACGACGAUUUUCUUGUUACCGCCGGAAACGGAAAGAUCGCCUACUGGAACUUCAGGAAAAUGGGAGGCGCGCAAUCCAUCAACAAACAACCGUCACCGUUGUCGAAAAAACCGCACACCAUGGCGAUCACCUGUUUGGACAUAUCGCGAGACGGGACUAUGGCUGUCACGGGCGGUUUAGACAGUCUUGUGAACGUUUGGCACCUGAACGUGGAGAGCUUGGAAAACGUCUAUCAACUGAACAACAACGAACUCCAUUCCACCAUGCACGGUCACACGGCCGCCAUAACGUGCCUGGCCAUCGCUUCCAACGGGCUGUUCGCCGUGUCUGGUUCCGAGGACAAGCUCGUGCUGGUCUGGGGCCUGACCGUGGGCAGCGCCGUGUUCACAUUCAGCGGGCAUCAGUCGGCCAUCACCGCGGUGGAAGUGACGUCCGACAGCGAAAAAGUGGUGUCCAGCGAUAAGGCGGGCGUUAUAGCGGUCUGGCUGUCGGACAACGGCACGUUGUUGAACUCAGUGAUUUGUCCGGCCACAAACUUAUCAGUGACCAACAACAUGAAGUAUCUGGUCAGCGGUGACGGACAUUUCUCGUUGCACAUUUGGCCAUUGUCGGUGAAAAAUGAGGGCGGCCCGUGGACGGAAAAAUGGCCCGUCAGUCACACGGAAGAAAUCACGUGUUUCGUCAUAACGUACGACUCGUUGCAGAUAAUCACCGGGUCCAAAGACAUGUCGUUAAAAGUGUGGCAAAUCAACGGCGGCAAACUAUCGCAGGUACUGGUCGGCCACGAGGACCAAGUGACGUGCGUGGCCGUGGCCAUCAGCGACAAGUCGAUCGUCGUCUCCGGGUCGUGGGACGCCAACCUCAUCAUAUGGGACAUACACACGGGCGACGACAGACACCUGCUGACCGGGCACCUGGGCCACGUGACGUGCGUCAAGCUCAGCGGCGACGGGUCGGUGGCGCUGUCCGGGUCCGACGACAAGCGCAUAAUCGUGUGGGACACGAAACGCGGCGUCGCGCUCACGUCGCUGCAGCUGCACCUGCCCAUACUGGGACUGUCCAUGUCCACGGACGUGACCCGGGUCGCGGUCCAUCUGUACGAGAGCCAGUACCUACCGAUCACGCAGCUGAUGAACACGCCCGCGCAGUACGUCAAGGUCCCGGUGUUCAUCAACCGCGAACACAGAUCGUUGGCCGCCAAGAAACCCAUGAGGAGGAUGUUGAUUAAGGAAUACUCGUUGGACUCGUACACGUGGCAGAGGAAGUACGCGCACUUGACCUCGUCGAUAACGCGAGCGGCCGUGGACGAAAAGUUGCGCAGAUUUUCCGUGUCGGCCAGCAUGGAAGAAAUAUCGAAACAGGCCAACAACAACGACAACAUGGGAUCGCAGAACCUGGGACCCGAACAGGCAGCUCUGGCACAAUCGCAACACUUUGACCAAUUGAUCGCCGAAUGGAAUAACAAACGAUCGCCUUCAAAAUCCACAAGUCGACCGAACGUGUUUUUGUCGAAGCAGAACUCGAGAUCGAGCAGACAGCAUUCAGCCGACGAAGAAAGCCACGGCAGCGACGAUUAUAUAUGAUGAAAUAACGUCUAUCACACAUUCGCUGAUCACGCCCUAGACAAAUCUUACUUCAUUCACCAUUAUUGCAACCUAAUUGUGAUCAAACAUUCAAUCAUUCUUCUUUUUAGUAAUUAAUGUUUAACAUUACAGAAACAUAAUUUUAAGUCUUUGCAAUAAAUACCUUUUAUGGUACAUUAUUAUAAUAUUAAGUAAAUAACAUGGUAUAGCUACUGUUGACCAUUUUUUCCUAGUCAUUACAAGAUUGUAGUGUAGUAUAAGACCAUUAGAUUAAGUAAAAUAUUAUGAGCACGAGAAGAAUUGCUGAUUUUAUUUCAACUCUUUGACAAUGAAGAAUUUUCCUAGACAUUCCAACUCAAUAACAAAAAAUUAAUUUAAUGAAUAUACAACAUAAAUAUAGAAGUCAUGAUGUCAUCGUCAUAUAGAAAUUGUAAGAUUAUAUUUUAACCAAUUAAUAAUAGGUAAAACAUUACUAGUCAAACAAGUAAUCAUUAAUUAAUAAGAAAAGAUAAUUCUUUAUUUGUUUUUUAUGAUGACUAAAUAUUGAAUAAUGUCAAUCUAAAUUAGUUCUUGGAUAUUUGGGGUUAAUUACUUGCAUUACAAAGAAAUUUCAAAAUAAUCAUUACAG